UGAGUGAGAGUUGCCCUUUUAAACUUAUUUCAUUGUUCUCUUUGGAAGAAGAAGAAAAUGGAGGAGGAACAAAACGGCGGUCGUUUCGACCUCAUAAUCCUGGGCGCCUCAGGCUUCACAGGCAAAUACGUCCUCCGCGAAGCCCUCAAAUUCCUCAACACCCCAUCCUCCCCCCUCAAAUCCAUAGCCAUAGCGGGCCGAAGCCCACAAAAACUAACCCAGGCCCUUCAGUGGGCCUCCAGGCCCAACCCUCCCCCCUCCCUCCCCAUCCUCACCGCGGACACCGCCGACCCCUCCUCCCUCCGUUCCCUCUGCGCCCGCACGGGCCUCCUCCUCAACUGCGUGGGCCCCUUCCGCCUCCACGGCGAGCCCGUCGUGGCCGCCUGCGCCGCAGCGGGCUGCGACUACCUCGACAUCUCCGGCGAGCCCGAGUUCAUGGAGCGCGUGGAGGCCGCGCACCACGAGCGGGCCGUGGAGACAGGAGCGCUUGUAGUAUCGGCUUGUGGAUUCGACUCCGUGCCCGCGGAGCUCGGCGUGAUGUUCAACUCCAGGCAGUGGAUGGGGCCCGCCGCGCCGAAUCGCGUGGAGGCUUACGUGGCGCUUGAGUCUGAGAAGAGGAUUGUGGGGAACUUUGCUACUUACGAAUCUGCGGUUCUCGGUGUUGCCAAUGCGCACCAGUUGCAGCAACUCAGAAGGUCACGCCCAAGAAAACCUAGGCCUCAGAUUCCUGGACCUCCUACUUCAAAAGGAGAAACUAUAGAGAACAACAAGAAAAUUGGUCUUUGGGCAGUGAAGUUACCUUCAGCAGAUUCAAUUGUAGUUCGACGAACGCUAGGGAUUCUAACAGAAAACCUCCAUGGUCUCCCUGGGCUGAACGAGAGUGCUGAGACAGUUGAGAAAAGGGAAGCCUUCUGGUCAUCUGUGAAGCCAGCUCAUUUUGGUGUGAAAAUAGGCUCAAAAUCUUUCUUGGGCAUUCUCCGAAUCAUCAUGGUUGGAGUUUUCAUUGGUCUUUUUGGAAGUAUUGGUUUUGGAAGGCAGCUUCUUUUGAAAUUUCCUGAAAUAUUCAGCCUUGGUUGGUUCAGGAAGAAUGGCCCCUCUGAAGAGGAGGUGGAAAGUGCUUCCUUCAAGAUGUGGUUUGUUGGACAUGGUUAUAGUGAUGGGAGCAUUGCUUCACAGGGAAACACAAAACCUGACAUGGAGAUUGUAACAAGGGUUAUGGGACCUGAAGUUGGAUAUCUGACCACACCAAUAAUUCUUAUUCAGUGUGCUCUUGUUCUUCUCUGCCAACGUGACAGCCUUCCAAAAGGAGGAGUUUACCCUCCUGGGAUCAUCUUUGGUCCAACUGAUCUCCAGGAAAGACUUCAACAAAAUGGAAUAUCCUUUGAUGUCAUCUCAAAAAGCACCAUUUCUUGACUUUUGCAGUUUAGUAGAAACAAGUACUGUUCAUAAAACUGAAUUAUUAUAAAUGAGUGGGGAUAGACUAUUUCUUUUGUUUAACUAAGUUUUAUAAGGAUAUACUAAGAUUUGGCUUGAUAUGCGUUUGGAUCAAUGAAUCAUAUUUUUUUCUGCUA